GUCUGUAAACACGCCCGGAGCCUGUCAUGGGGCGGGAGGAGGAGGCGGUGGCCGAGCGGGGAGGUGCCAGGGGCAGCCUCCAGGGUCCGCUCUGCCAUUCCUGAACUGGUCCGGGUCCCCGUGACCGGGGCUUCAGGGAAGCGAACUGUUAGGCGAAGGAGGAGGCAGUCAGAGCCAUAUCCCCUUCUUCCCCGGGGCGGGGGCCGGGCCUGGCCCGCUGAGGAGGGGGAGGGCCGGGAGGGUGUCGGGCCCGGCCGGCCUGUCUGCUGAGAUGGAUGACAGCAAGCCAUCCUCUGCCACCUUGGAGCCACCCUCCUAGGAGUCUCAAUAAGCCAGUAAUCUGCUCCUGUUCCUAGCCGCCGCUCCUCCACCACGUUCCACAACACCAAGAUGGAAGAGCCAGCACACCUUGACAAGUGUCUGACAGUAGAUGUUAAUGUGCCUGCUUUCCUGUCCACAAACUGAACGGAAUCCCUGGAGUUGGAAAGAUGACUCAGCAGUUAAGACCACUGGCUGCUCUCCCAGAGGACUCUCAGGUGAUUGGAGGCAAAGUGAAGAGGCCUGGUAAGCGAGGGCGGAAGCCAGCCAAAAUUGACUUGAAAGCAAAACUUGAGCGAAGCCGGCAGAGCGCCAGAGAAUGCCGUGCCAGGAAAAAGCUGCGGUACCAGUACUUGGAGGAGUUGGUAUCCAGUCGGGAAAGAGCCAUAUGUGCACUCCGAGAGGAACUGGAAAUGUACAAGCAAUGGUGCAUGGCAAUGGACCAAGGGAAAAUCCCUUCUGAAAUAAGGGCCCUACUCACUGGCGAGGAGCAGACCAAGUUUCAGCAGAACUCAAGCAGGCAUCCCAAAGCUGGGAAGACAGACGCUAACAGCAGUUCGUGUGAGUACCGUCUACAGCAGCAUUCCUGUGGUGGGGAAUUGAACCCGUGGCUUCAGAUACAAUGCGGUGAAGAUCAUAUAAAAUGCAGUCAGUGAUCAAAGCCAAUGGUCUAAUGUCUGUGGAGGACGAAUGGGCAGGACUUUGCUUCUUGGCUCCAGUUUCCGCUUACUGCUCCGUAAGCAGCUCUGUAAACCCAACGUUUCUACCAAAAUGUGUGAUGAUCUGUCACGAAGGUCCCUGCACAGCACUUAAGAUUUGACGACCUCGGACUCAGACCUGCUUGGGGUUGCUUGCCACGUCAGUUAACAAGUCGUGAUGCCCGAGUCCGUGGGAGUGGAGGAGUGGAUGGAAAUGCACAUUUGCACCUUAGCCCUGUGGCUUUCGUGGUUAAUUUCUAUUUGUCCUAUGUAAUUGAUGGAUUUGUGUGUAUGUGUGUUUAGUUGUCACUUCUUUUCAUGUUUUUAAUCACCUUACAAAAAGACACCAAAUAGGCUGUUUGUCUCCUGUGGUUCUCAGCCUUUAUGGACCCAAUAUUACUCCUUUAUAUUUACUUGAGUAAUGUUUGAUUGUCGGUGAGCCAUUCCAGCACAAGCUGUGAGUAUGUAUUAACAGAUAUGUGCACUUCUAUUUUUAUAGCCCAUAGUGAUAUGCCUGUGUCAAAGAAUGUACAAAACGAGACCCAACACAAAGCCCCGACAGCCUCUGUGUGCUGUUUCUUCUCACUGUAUUUAUGAAAGCUGGCUAGGGCCAAAUCCAUGCGUGGAGAAUAAUUAGCCACCGUUUAUUUUUAAGUGAAAAGUAACCUUUAGGUAGCAUCCAUUACCUUAACUGCAGUAUGUGUGUGAGGCGCCUCUGCUGCAGUCUCAUGUGCACACACUGGCCUGUGCACUCAGCUGAGGUGUGGAGUUUUCUGAAGAGUACAGAAUGAACGUAGCUGCUGGGACUGAGUAUCUGCCUUCCUGUGUGGAGCACAGGCCACCCUGCUGGGGACCCAGUGGCUGUUGUUGUUGGCAGAAUACUCAGUUCUCCCCUGACAUGAGUGUCCUUAUGAAUGUGUUCUGAGCCAGAGAGAAGCCCCACUGUGUGCUUGUACCUGCGUUAGCCUGUGCCCCACUGUUUGGGGAGGGGGGCAUCCUGAGCAGCGUCCUGCACUGCAGCCUGGGGCCUGGCGGGUAUGUGGAAUGGCCUGUGGCUCUGUGUGGCUCCCACCAUAGCUGCAUUUGCAUGACAUGGGUGUAGCUGAGGGGCAGAGCUCACUGUAGGAGAGGUUCAGAGAUGAGAAUUUCUACUUCACUCCUUCUCUCACUAGUUCAGUCAGAUGAAUUCUCUGUUGCUGCUAAUUACAAUUGUUCCUCCCUCUGAUGAAGCAGGAAUUUGACUUCCAGAAAAAGAAGUAUUUGCUACAGACUGCAGUUGAGAAGGAGGUAUCAUAGUCGUCAGGCAUGUCCAACCUUUUGAUGUUGUGACUUGAAGCCUGAGAACUGAAUGUUUUAAGUGAGUUUACAGUUUUGUGCUGGGCCACAUUCCUAGCUAUUCUGAGGCAUGUGCAGCCAGCAGGCUGUGGUUCAUACAUGCCUGGAAGGUUGUCUGUGAGAUAGAACAUGAACACAGAACAUGAGAUGUACUGUGUAGCUUGUGAUUUCUAGACAGGCAUUUGAACAGAUGCCUCCCAUUAGCUGAAGAUCCCUUGAGCGCAGGCUUCGAACCCAGGUCUCUGUGCUAGGUGUGUGUGGCAGCCAACAGAGCACUUGCCCCGCUUGCUGUGGUUCUCUGGGUUUUAGAAAAAUGGGCAUUAAGGGUGUUUAGUGUCUUCUUAGGACCAUAAGUGGAGACAAGGGAUUGUGACAUUCAGGCCCUUCUGAAUGUAAGUGUUUUAAAUGUAGUGCCCUGACUGUAAUAGUGUGUUUCUGCCCACUGGCCGGUCUGCUCAACCAUAGACUUUGACUUAGCUGAACAGCCCAUGGCUUUAUGUUGCUUUGCUUGUUAUCUUUUGAAUUCUCCAAAAAAGAAAACUUGUUUUCAAAGCAAACAUUCCAGGAUGGCCGUGGCUGCCAGUGGAGUGGCUGCCGUGCUCCAGGGUCUACAGGUCUGCUUGUGCUGCAGGGCCAGUCCCACAUAGAAGGGACGGACGCUGGCCUGAUGCUGACUCUCAGCCUGAUCUCUUUAGGGCUUUGGAGGUAUCAAACCAAGAUGAUGGCCCUCGCACUGGAAGGGGUCAUGCUGAUUGCUCCGGGUCCUGUGCUGGCCCUGCUCCCCAAUCUGUGAUCUCAUCCCUGUCCUCACUCCAACAGCUGCAGUGUCUCCUCUCCCAUUCCAUCCAGUGAGGCACUGCAGGUUACUACACUUCCUUCCCAGAGGAGGGCAAGCCGAGGGGACAGAGCCCAUGGCCGUCAUCUGGGGCAGAAGAAGCCCAGGGCCUCCGUCAACAGAACCAGGCUCCUUUUCUUUGUAUUUCAGAGAUUAAGGAGAAAGUAUAUUUGCACAUUCACACCAGUCCAGCUCUGCGACUUUAGCAUCCACGUCCCACGUAGCAGAGCAGCCGGGGCUGUGGUGUGGACCUGAUCUGCUCAGGUACGCUUUUAGGCUAGGGGAGUUCUUAAUUUGUUUUCUGUCCUUAUCAGACAGUCCCGUGGUGCCCACCUCAGAGCUUUAGUGCCACCGUCCCUGCCUCUGCUGCCUGUGGUCAGCACUGAGCACCAUCCUCUGUAGUUUGAUCACCUUUGACCUGCAGUGGGUCUGCUUUGGCUGGUGAUAGAAAACAAAUUUAAGCUGGGCUUCACUUUCAGUUAAAGACAAGUAAAAUCAGCAAAAAUAAAUACUAUAUUUCACAGAAAUCAGCUGCAUGUUGUUACAAAUAUUAAAAUACAUAUUUUGUUUUUUAAAAGAUGAGAGAUGAUUAAACCACAUGGUAUUUGGGGGCAAAUGAAGGAUUUUUUUUCCUCAGAAGAGCAUUGUAUGAUUAUAUUUUUAUGAAAAAUAAAGUAUCUUCACCAAAAUCA